UGUGUACUUUGUAUAGUUUCAGAGCAGGAAUAUCAGUAAGGAUCAAAUCCAUUAAUAUCAUGGUUGACUCUCCCCUAACAUCAAGCAAUUACUACUACUUUCCAAGGUCAUUAAGCAAACAUAAUCUUGCCAUGAUUUUUAUACCCAUGCACUUCCUUUCCACGCCUAAUAAAAAAUAAACAAAAAUCAGCAAUGUCUCCCAAUGGCAUGAUCACUUGCCAUGGACCAGAAAACACAAAACCAUAUGCAAAACAGCACAUCCUUUGCUUACCAUUGACUCCUUUUUCCAUCCAAGCCUAAGCAAGAGAGGAAGCUGAUGCAGGAAUUCUUCAGAGGAAACAUGAGCUUCCAAUUCAUGGCAAGAAGAUCAUUGGCUUGAGUGUCUUAGGAAUCAAAUCAACAUCACAAAAAAAAGCGUUGAGAGCUCGUCGGCAUCAAUCGAUCGGCAAUGGAGAGUAGCUCGUCGGUGUCGGUGUCCGACGAGAGCUCGGAGGCGAACGGCGGCGGGUGCUGCUCGUCGUCGACGACGCCGAGCAUGGACGCGGUGAACCUGAGCCGGACUUUCUCCGACGUGUCGUCCUUCUCGGAGGAGCAUGGCGGCAGCGGCAGCAGCGUCGACCACAGUGGCCCGUUCGAGCCGCCGUCCGCCGCCGCCGUGUCGAGGCUGAUCGGCCGCCGCUCGCCGGCUGCGGCGGCCUCCGCUCUCAGCCUCAGCCGCCUCAGCAUGAAGCCCCGGGCCGACGUGCUCGACCGGCGCUCCACCGACGACGAGCUGGAGCUCGUCAAGGAGAGGUUCUCCAAGCUCCUGCUCGGCGAGGACAUGUCCGGCGGCGGCAAGGGCGUCUGCACCGCCGUCGCCAUCUCCAACGCCAUCACCAACCUCUACGCCACGGUGUUCGGGAGUUGCCACAAGCUGGAGCCAUUGCCGGCGGGGAAGAAGACGAUGUGGAGGAGGGAGAUGGACUGCCUCCUCUCCGUAUGCGACUACAUCGUCGAGUUCUACCCCUCCUCACAGACUCUCCCCGAUGGCACCAAAGUCGAGGUCAUGGCCACCAGGCCAAGAUCCGACAUCUACAUCAACCUCCCUGCUCUGGAGAAGCUCGAUGCCAUGCUCAUUGAGAUACUGGAGAGUUUUCAGAAGGCGGAGUUCUGGUACGCGGACGCCGGGACGAGGUCGUUCGGGUCGGCGACGUCGUCGUCGACGAUGUCGUCGUCGUCGUUCCGGCGGUCGACGCACCGGAACGAGGACAGGUGGUGGCUGCCGGUGCCGUGCGUCCCCGACGGCGGCAUCUCCGGCAAGGCCCGCAAGGAGCUCCAGCAGAAGCGCGACUGCGCCACCCAGAUCCACAAGGCCGCCGUCGCCAUCAACACCGGCGUCCUCGGCGACAUGGAGGUCCCCGACUCCUUCAUGGCCAUCCUCCCCAAGAGUGGGAAGGCGAGCGUGGGGGACGGGGUGUACAGGGCGAUGCUGGGGGCGGAGAAGUUCUCGCCGGAGUACCUGCUGGACUGCCUGGACAUGUCGUCGGAGCACGAGGCGCUGGCGAUGGCGGACAGGGUGGAGGCGGCGAUGUACGUGUGGCGGCGCAAGGCGGGCGCCAGCCACGGGAGGUCGCGGUGGGGCGCCGUCAAGGAGCUCGUCGCCGACGACGAGGAGCAGGACAAGAACGUGAUGCUGGCAGGCCGGGCGGAGAGCCUCCUCCUCUGCCUCAAGCACAGGUUCCCCGGCUUGUCCCAGACCACCCUCGACACCAGCAAGAUCCAGUUCAACAAGGAUAUUGGUCAGGCAAUCCUGGAGAGCUACUCAAGGGUGCUGGAAAGCUUGGCUUUCAACAUCGUAUCAUGGAUCGAUGAUGUCCUUUUUGCUGACAAGACGGUCAGGAAACAGUGAGCGACAGCCAGAGCGUCUGGACUCUGGAUUGAAGCUUCCCAACAAGAGCUUUAGAUGUUUCUGUUAGUGUAGCUGCCAAGAGAAAAAAAAUUAAAGUAACAGUAGGUAGGGUGAUUUUGCUGACCUUAGUGAGGGAACUGUAAGCUUUAGCUUGCAACAAUUAUGUCUUGUAUGACCAGCAGUGGUUGUAUGUAUGAAGUAAUCUGCUCUGUAUUCCUUUUU